UUAAAAAUCCUUCUUUAACCUGACUCCUCCCCUUCAUCUACACUGAUUGAAGUGGAUUUAACAAGUGACAUCAAUAAGGGAUCAUAGCUUUCACCUGGUUUCAGGUCUGUGUCAUGGAAAGAGCAGGUGUUUUGUAUACUCAGUGUUGGUAAUGGCGUGUCAUUUGGAAUGUAGCCCCUGUGUGGCCUCAGAAUAUACGUGGAUUUCCUCAGGGAUUAAUGCACAGGGUGGAAGUUACAGUCCCCAUUGUUGAGGGAUGCUUUUCUUGUUCAUGUUGAGAGCCGAGUCUCCUAGCAACAUGGGAAACAUUGGACACUAAAUCAGAGUCUGAAGACUGUGGACAGGCAAUGUGGACUUUCUGAGGUAGGAUAAGUUUAUAUUUGAUUUAUUAAAGAGUUUUUAAUAAAACAUUAUUUUUUUUUAAAGACAUCAGAUUUUUGUUAUUUUUCAUGUCUUGCUUAACAAAACUCUAGACCUAAAGAUACCUUAUAAAAUCAUGAUAUUUUAUUUAAAAAAUAAAUUAUUGAAGUCCACAUGACUUCUCAAGUUUCCAUGACAACAUGAUAUUAUUUAUAUACAGUAUUGUGCACACUGUACAUGACAAGGCUUUGGGUUGUAUAGUGUGGAAUGGCAAUGGCAAUUGAUCUGUCUCUAAUAGUACCAUUUAGCUAUCGCUUUUAUCCAAAAGCAGGUGGUCCCGGGAACCUUUCUCUCACAGAUCGUCAUGUCGGUCUUUAACAGCCCAGAUCCCUGUGGUGAAAAGAAAACAUCUGACAGGAACACGGGUCAUCACGACGAUAAUGUUACGUCGUACACGGCGGACGUUUCCAACAUGGCCACUAGGGGCAGUCCACGCUUUGGAGCAUUGAGUCACCACUCCUUCUUCUCCAGACACAACCCUCACCCACACAGAGUCACACACAUCCAAGGUCUAAAUGGGAUUCCAGUGUGCAUGGUGAAUGACGACUGGUACGUGACCACCUCACUGUUCCCCCAUCCGCUCAUCAAGAGUCAGGUAUUCAGGACGAAUUCAGGAGCACCUUUCUCCCUGCCUGCAGGACACAGCGUGUUCGGAGGCAGAUACAGCACCGGACACAGAACAGCUCUGUUAUCAGAAGCAUGGAAAGAGGAGUUGAAAGAUCUGUCUGCAAAAGUCAGCGUUUCAACACAGGACAAAAAGGACAUGAAAGAUGAGAAUGAAGAGGAGGGUCGAGGACUGAUCCGGAGGACACCCAGUACUCUGCCAAGACAGGGAGGAUCAUCCCUCCCUCCUCCCAGGCUUAUCAGCGUAGCCACCAGGCUCAGGCACACCGUCACCCCCUGCCCCUGCUCUACAUCAGCAGGAACUUAUGGUACUGUGCUGGAGCUGCUGUGUCAAAUCCUUCAGACUGACUCCUUAUCAUUGGUCCAGCAGUGGCUGCUGCUCGCGGGCCAGAGGGAGAAGGACAUGGUGAUGGGGUUGAUUCAACAGGCCAUGAAGGACAGUGUCUUCCUAAGGCAGCAGAGUAUGACUGAGUGCGAGGUACCCAGAUGCCAUCCACGCACCUCUCUGUCCGUACUUACUAGCUGUGGACAUGCAAAACUAAGACUUCAUACAAGUUCAUCCCAACUUCAGCUGCCAAUCAGCAAGGAGGACAAACCAGAGAUGAUUGGAGAUGCAGAGGUACUUGAGGUCCACGCAGAAAGCCCGAAACCGCCUGAAACUAAGCAACAUAUUUCCCAGGAUGAUCAGAACGACCAGUGUGAUCAGAAUGAUUAGACUUCCGUUAGUGUAAUGCUUCUGUUCUCAUCAUUUAAUGUAGUUAGUAGGAAGCCUGUUUCUGUAUUCAGAAACAUUCUCUGACUAGUUAUUCUGUAUGAUGUAACGCUGUUGUCAUGGUUCAAUUCUCAAACAAUUCUGAGCCAAUUAAAUCAGAUUAUUGUCCCA